CUCGGCGCGGGGACUGUGAGGAGGAGGCGAGCGAGGCUGGCGCGGGGUCGGCGGCCGGACGCAUGGCUUAGGACGCCCCGCCGCCGCGCCCCAGCAUGGGGAAACUUCACUCGAAGCCGGCCGCCGUGUGCAAGCGCAGGGAGAGCCCGGAAGGUGACAGCUUUGCCGUAAGCGCUGCUUGGGCAAGGAAAGGCAUCGAAGAGUGGAUCGGGAGGCAGCGCUGUCCAGGCAGCGUCUCAGGACCCCGUCAGCUGAGAUUGGCAGGCACUGUUGGUCGAGGCACCCGGGAACUCGUGGGUGACACUUCUAGAGAGGCUCUCGGUGAGGAGGACGAGGACGACUUCCCCCUAGAAGUGGCCCUACCACCUGAGAAGACCGACAGCCUGGGCAGCGGAGAUGAGAAGAGAAUGGAGAAACUGAGCGAACCCGGCCAGGCCUCCAAGAAGCAGCUCAAGUUUGAAGAGCUGCAGUGUGAUGUUUCUGUGGAGGAAGACAGCCGGCAAGAGUGGACUUUUACUCUGUAUGACUUCGACAACAAUGGCAAAGUCACCCGUGAGGACAUUACCAGCUUGCUGCACACCAUCUAUGAGGUGGUUGACUCUUCUGUGAACCAUUCACCUACAUCAAGCAAGACACUGCGGGUGAAGCUCACCGUGGCCCCUGAUGGGAGCCAGAGCAAGAGGAGUGUCCUUUUCAACCAAACCGAUCUGCAGAGCACAAGGCCCCGAGCAGACACCAAACCUGCUGAGGAGCUGCGUGGCUGGGAGAAGAAGCAGCGAGCCCCGCUCAGGUUCCAGGGUGACAGCCACCUGGAGCAGCCAGACUGCUACCACCAUUGCGUGGAUGAGAACAUCGAGAGGAGAAACCACUACCUAGACCUGGCGGGGAUAGAGAACUACACAUCUCAGUUUGGACCCGGCUCCCCUUCGGUGGCCCAGAAGUCAGAGCUGCCCCCUCGAAUCUCCAACCCAACUCGCUCUCGCUCCCACGAGCCGGAAGCCGCCCACAUCCCACACCGGAGGUCCCAAGGUGUGGACCCGGGCUCCUUCCACCUUCUUGACACCCCAUUUGCCAAGGCAUCAGAGCUCCAGCAACGGCUCCGGGGCACUCAGGACGGGAGCAAGCACUUUGUGAGGUCCCCCAAGGCCCAGGGCAAGAACAUGGGUGUGGGCCACGUGGCCAGAGGUGCAAGAAGCAAGCCCCCACUGGUGCCCACCACCCACACUGUGUCCCCCUCUGCCCACCUGCCCACCGGCCCAGCCCUCCUCCCCACCCUGGCACCCCUGGGCCACAAGAAGCACAAGCAUCGAGCCAAGGAGAGCCAGGCAAGCUGCCGGGGCCUGCAGGCUCCGCUGGCUGCAGGAGGCUCCGCCGUCCUGGGGCGGGAGCAGGUGAGGGAGCUGCCUGCUGUGGUGGUGUAUGAAAGCCAGGCUGGCCAGGCCGUGCAGAGACAUGAGCAUCACCACCACCACGAACACCACCACCACUACCACCACUUCUACCAGCCCUAGGCUGCCACAGAAAGGACCCGCCCACACCCUAAGGCAUUAUUAGUCUAUUAAUUAUUGUUAUUAUGGCAAUUAUUGUUAUUAAUAAUUAUUGUUACUCCACUAAUAUUUAGCCAGCCUUCAUGUAGAAGACAUAUGGAAACACAGAAGUAAACUUUUAUUUAUACGUUGUGGGGAAAUCCUGUAACUCACCCAAGAAGUGACUCUGGGUUUGGAAGGGUCCUUGGGCCACCCCAGCUGUUCCACACAGCUCUUCCCAAACCCCAGGAGCCCUCGGCCCAACUCCCCUCUCCAGCUCUUCCGGGAGAGCAGCCUUGCCUGGCCGAGCUUCAGAGGCCCUCAAGAGCUCCAGAGGACAACAGCUGCUACCUCUCAGUGUCAUUCUGGUUCAACUUCGCCCUUAAUUGAUUGUAACACACUACAGGGGAUCUCGGUGGACUGCCAUUGCGCCCUCCCUCCCCUCGUGUUCUCACGCCUCAACCUAGACACCUUAGCUGUGUUUCCCGGAGUUACUGCCUCCCCUUUCCAAAGGGACCUAGCCCUUGGCCCAAGCCAGCCCUGUGCUUUUGUUUUCCUUUGCCAUGCACAGUGUGGAAGCGCCCUCUCUCUUCCUGUGCCCCCCCCACCCCCGCCUUGGCUUUUGAAGGAUGCACCUGUGUUUAAGGAUUGUCCUUGUAGCCAGUUGUCUCAGUUUGGAAACUACUCUAGAGAGAAGCAGCCACAUAAAGAGACGUGGUUUCCCAAGAUGGCACCAUGGUGUGACGGAGGGUGUGAAACCUGAGUUCGCCAUCAACAACCAGUUUGUGGCUCUCUUGCUAGAGAGAGCCUUUGUAGCUAUAGGUAGCUGCUGCCUGUCCGUGUCUCUGUAUCUUUCUCUAAAUACACUCUCAGGUAUCUUUGCUGGUGUGCAGAAAUCACUGCCCUGCUCUGUGGAAGCUCCUGCAACCCAGAUGGACCCCCAUGUGUUUCCUGGAAAGGCUGCCUGUCCAUCAGACGAAAGCAGCCGCCUCCGUCUUACUUCCUUGGGUCUCAGGUCUGCAGUUUUGGAGAGACCUGCUAGGGUAUAGAGACUUAGGAUGGAAUGGGGGUGGCAGCUGAGACACUGGGCAGCAUCCCCUACAUAAAUGAGGUUACACUCCCAGGUUUAAUAAUUUAAGGAGAGCUGAACAAAGAUGGCUGCCAACACCGGGGCAAAGGCUGAGGGGCAGUAGAACCCAGACCAGCACUGAGCUACCACUGUACCUCUAUACAUGAAGAGUGGGGAUCGAGAGGCACCUAGAAACCAUGACAUUCAGAGAAAGUAGCAGGCUGUGUGAAUGAAUGAAUGAAUGAAUGAAUGAAUGAAUGAAUGAAUGAAUGAAUUUGCCCAGGAGGUGAAUGCCACUAUUCACUCCCAUGCCUGUUUCACAUCCUUUUCUAGUAGCAUCCACUGAAAGCCUUGGGAGGGAGUGGGGCUUUUAUUCUUGAGGGUCUAGAAAGAGUCUGACCCAGAAGGAAAUGUUGCCCUCCUGUCUCCUGAGUUUAGCAUGGUUGGUAAGCAUGUACUUCUGAAGGUAGUGAGCAUUUGUUGUUUUCAUGGUGUUACUUUUCCCGAUUGCUGGUGUGCCUGGGUCUGGUUGGUGCCAUCCUCAGGGCAUCACUAUGAGGAAGCAGGAAGUGGAAGUCCAGUAGAAGUCUUGGGAAGGUGUCUGAGGCUCAGAGAAGUGAAGAACCUGCUUGACACACAUGGUAGGUGGCAGUGCUGGGUCCUAGCCUUCAGGAUCCCUAGCACUGAAGGAUAUGAGCCCUGAGUUUUCCUUAUGGGAAGCUGUGAGUUUCUGUUUGGCUAGAAUCCAACUCAGAGGAGAUAACUGCCACCACACCAAGUGGGCAAGGCAUUGUGGGAGCUAGCUUUGAGAUGACAGGAUCCGGUAUGAAUGAAACAGUUUUUGUCCCUGAGUCACCUGUGUCAGCAGGCCAAAGCAACUGACAUUCUGGUUCUAGGACCAGAAGGAAAGAAUUUUUGGGGAGACAAAACCCUGGUAAGGGAAUUGUGAUUGACCGGGCUUGGGGAAGUUAGUCACCCCUGGACCAAUUACAUGGGUCAUCUGGUAUGUGCCCACCUGCCACAGGAGACAAGGUCACCCUGGAUGAGGACAGGGACAGGAGGACCAGCAAAAACAAAACCCAAUGGCCUCCAGGGCCAGAGUUGCCAUCAGCAGCUGCCUAGGGAGUGGAAGCCACUGGUUUUAGAACAUGGAUUCUCAGCCUGAGGAAGGAGGUCCCCUGCUGCUCCAGGAUUUUGUUAACUUCUUGCUAACUCUUAAAAGUCACUUAAAAAUAGUACCGUGUGUUCACCUGUAAGCGAUCAAGGUAGCACAUAGAAGCUUAGAGUCAAAGGUAAGUCAGCAGGCUCCAUCUCACGUGCUCAGUCUGCAGAGACCCACCCCAACACCCAUGUCCAGAUGCUCUCCAGGACUGUGAGUGCAGUGUGGUGGUUGUAACAGAGUCUGGUGCCUGGCUGUGGGCUCUGGAGGCCUGACUCCCCUUCCUCAGAGUAUGCACCACAAGUGAAAUGCCGUGCCUUGGUUUCUCCCUUGUGGGUCCUUUCCAGAUGUUAGCUGUCUUCUUCAUUACCAGAAUAAAAGCAUUUUAUAGAA